AAUUAUCGUGGUAUUGCUUUAAGUAGUUGUUUGUCAAAGGUAUUCUUAUCAAUAAUAAAUAAAAGAAUAACUACCUAUUUGGAACUAAAUGACAUGAUCGAUACAGCCCAGCAUGGAUUUCGAAAAAAUCUCAGAACCGUUGACAAUUUUUUUAUUCUAAAAACAAUUAUCAAAACAGCCCCUUUACAUAUUUUUCGUUGA